AUUGUUAUGUGUAAAAAUUAAUUAUAAUGAUUUUAACUAACACUUUAUUUAUAUUAAAACAAUUGUUAGCAAAUAUUAGACAAUUUCAUAGUUCAAGAAUUAAAAACGCAUAUGAAGGACCUAAUAAAACAACAGUAACUUUUGAUACACAAGUGAACACAUUUUUGAUAGAAAGAUGUUUACCGGUGGGAUUUCAAUUGAGUGACAAAUCAAUAGUAGUGGGUCCUAUUGCAAUUUUUUCUCAAACCAUUUUUUCAUGGGAUAUUGUUAAUGCGAAGGAUAUAAAUGAAGCAACUUUAUCUUUAUUCACUGUAUUAGAUCCAAGUCUAGACGUCUUAAUUUUAGGUCUUGAAACACAGCAUAAAUAUGAGGAUAUUCAAAAAAUUAAAAAAAUAUUACAUAAAUAUCGUAUCAGAAAUGAGAUAAUUCCAGUGCAACAAGCGUGUGGUAUUUAUAAUCAUCUAAUAUGUGAAAGAAGAUAUGUUGCAGCAGGUUUAAUACCUCCAUUAAUAUGUCAAUCUGAUAUUCGGAAAGUACCUAUUACAGAAAAUGUAAACAAAGCAGAU